UUAAACAAGAAAAGAGCUAUCAAAAUUGAAAUGGAUCUGUGAAAAGCCAUCAAUUUGUCCUUUGCCCAACUCCAAAGGAUCACUAUAAUCCCUCCCCCUAUUGGCCUUGCCAAGUUCCCCAUUUCUUCUUCCCAAGAAAACCCCCUAUAUAUAAACCCUUCUCCAUCUUUCUCCUUUCAGAGUUGAUCUCCCUCCCUAUACACAUAUUCAUAGAAUCACAGCCACAAGGAGAUAUAAUCAUUUGAUCCGAUCAUGGCUCAUUCAGCUAUCUCUCAGGUCACUCCACUUCAAUUUUCUUUAUCUACUUCAAAAAAAGAUUCGUUGGUGUCAGUUGCGGUUCCUCUCCAAACAGAUUCCUCCUUUCGAAGAUCUACGUUUAAGGCUACAAGUUUAACAUUCAGUGAUAAAUCAUGCAUCUCUAUGCCAUCUAUCGAUCUAAAAGCAUCACGAUCCAGAAGCCAAUACAUUGUUUGCAUGUCAGUGCAACAAGCUAGCAAAGCCAAGGUUUCAGUUUCACCUUUAUCACUUGAAGAUGCAAAAGAACCACCCUUGAAUAUCUACAAGCCCAAGGAACCAUACACAGCGACAAUUGUCUCUGUUGAAAGGAUUGUAGGCCCAAAAGCUCCAGGGGAGACUUGUCAUAUUGUCAUUGAUCAUGACGGCAACCUUCCUUACUGGGAAGGGCAAAGUUAUGGUGUUGUUCCUCCUGGUGAAAACCCUAAGAAACCAGGGAGUCCUCACAAUGUUCGCCUAUAUUCAAUUGCAUCCACCAGAUAUGGGGACUCCUUUGAUGGGAAAACUGCCAGCUUGUGUGUCAGACGAGCUGUCUACUAUGAUCCUGAGACAGGAAAAGAAGACCCAUCCAAAAAUGGUGUUUGCAGUAACUUCCUAUGCAAUGCAAAGCCUGGUGACAAAGUGAAGAUCACAGGUCCUUCUGGUAAGAUAAUGCUUCUACCUGAAGAUAAUCCAAAUGCCACACACAUCAUGAUUGGAACUGGAACUGGUGUGGCUCCCUUCAGAGGCUACCUUCGUCGUAUGUUCAUGGAGUCGGUUCCAAUCAAGUUUAAUGGCCUUGCUUGGCUUUUCCUUGGGGUUGCAAACACUGACAGCCUUCUAUACGACGAUGAGUUCAUCAAGUAUCUCAGUGACUACCCAGGUAAUUUCAGAUAUGACCGUGCUCUUAGCCGAGAACAAAAGAACAAUAAAGGGGGGAAGAUGUAUGUUCAGGAUAAAAUUGAAGAAUACAGCGACGAGAUCUUCAAACUGCUGGAUGAAGGGGCCCACAUCUAUUUCUGUGGGUUGAAGGGUAUGAUGCCCGGAAUCCAGGAUACCCUUAAGAGGGUUGCUGAGGAGAGAGGUGAGAGCUGGGAGCAGAAGCUUUCACAACUCAAAAAGAACAAGCAAUGGCAUGUUGAAGUCUACUAAUUAGGAAAUGUUAAUUGUUGCAUUUGUUUGUGAUUGUUCAUUGUUGUCAACUGAACUUAUCAAGCAGUUUAGAUGAUACAUUGUAUUGCUAGUUGACAUACAAAUUGUUCUUGUUGCAAGGAAAUGAAAUAAUAACUGUUGGUACUUGAGGCAGUUUACCUUG